AUGAACGCCUCACUAGAACUCUUUGCCCAGCUCACCAACAGAUUGCGUAUCUGUUAUCAAACCUUUGGCGACCCGUCAGAUCCUGCUGUCAUACUCGUGCCAGGCAAUGCGGAUUCAAUGAUAGUAUGGGCAGAAGGUCUCAUCGAAAAGCUUCAAUCUUCCGAAGAUGGCAAGAAAUACUUCGUGGUUCGCUUUGAUCCGAGAGACACGGGCCUAUCAACUGAGUUUCCCGUGCCUGGCGGAUACUCAAUUGGAGACAUGGCAGGCGACAUUGAGGGACUUGCAGAUCACUUGAAUCUCAACGAUCCCUCAAAGGGCUUCCAUAUUGUUGGUCUGAGUAAAGGAGGGCCAGUCGCCUACACAGUCGCCGCGCGUAGGCCCCGACAAGUCAGAAGCCUGUCGCUUCUGUACACGUCUCCCGGCGUGAGUCCUGAGCUCCCAAUCAAAGGAGGACUUGAUCUCGGGUUCCAACCAAUGCUGGCUGGCUUCGGAGAUCAGAGGGAAACUGCCAUAAAAAACGGAAUGACCGUCUAUGACGCACUCACAACGCAGCCUGAUGCGGAUGAGAGAAAGGAGGUGGAGAAGGCGGUGAGACGUCUAGUGGAACGGGAUAUCAAAGGUGGCACAUUGUACAGCAAAGCUCCGAAUCACGGCGCCGCGUCGUACGAAAAGGAUGGUUGGCCAGGGGCUGAUACGCUCAAGAUGAUCAAAUGCCCGACCGCGGUUGUGCAGGCAGGCAAGGAUCAGAUCUUUGGGGAGAUUCACGGAGAGGCGUUGGCGAAAGCGAUACCCGGUGAUGUUGAGUAUGUGCUAUGGGAGGAUGUUGGGCACGAGAUGCCACGACGCAUCUGGGGCAGAAUGGCCAAGGUACUGCAGAAGAAUUGGGAGAGGGGUCAAAGCGCGGAUCAUGUUGGCCGUGAUGCGGAAUAA